AUCGAUCCACUGGCUGACCUUGCUGACUCCGCCCGGGAGCAGAUAUUCGUGCAGACGACUGAAGUGCGGACGACUCUCUCCAAGGUUCGACAGCUAGCCAAUGCUGUCAUCCGAUCUACGACACUUGCAUUACCUGCCUGGGCUCGUGCCUGCCAGGCCAAGAACCUCCCUGUGCGUCAGAUACCCCGGGAUGUCAAGACUCGCUGGAACUCGACAUACCAUAUGCUGAGGUUUGCGUUCGAUUAUUGCUCUGCGAUCGAUGCCAUUACCGCCGACAAA